UCAAGACCUGAAACACCAUUUAAGGGGAAGAGGAUAAAAAGCUCUGGUCCAUAAUGAAUUACAGCACAUCCACUGUAAACAAUUUGUACCGUAACAGUGCUACCACUUCUGAGCCAGACCAUGGGACAACUGUAGAUGGGGUUGGAUCAAAAACUGCUACAAUGACUCCUGAAAGCAGCGGCUUUAACAGCACCAAAAUUCCAGAUGUGGCCAGCCAUGGCCCAGGCAUGGGGACAAUGCUGCUCUCUUUUGGCAUCAUCACUGUGAUUGGCUUGGCAGUUGCAAUGGUUCUAUAUAUAAGGAAGAGAAAACGACUAGAAAAGUUACGCCAUCAACUCAUGCCCAUGUACAACUUUGAUCCAGCUGAAGAACAGGAUGAGCUGGAGCAGGAGCUGCUGGAGCAUGGCAGAGACGCUGCUUCUUUGCAGGCCUCCCAGAACAAGCCUUGUCAUGUCCAGGAUUUUUCCCAGACUAAGAGCACAACUAUACAAGACAUUGGAGACAACCCAAGGAGUGCUCCAGAGACCUAGUCGCCUUGUGUUCACAGAUGUUGCAAAUGCCAUCCAUGCAUGAACAGUUCUUCGGGAGAAUGAUGCCAACUGCUCAGCUGCUUGCAAUGGAUGGUAACCACAGGUUUCAGCUGGGAAA